CCUCGGGGGGAGGGAGAAGGAGAUGGGGGGCGGGCGCAGAGGACAGCGGAGUCGGCCGGACACAGACAGCUCGGGAGCUCCCUCCCUCGGCUCUGCCCCGCGUCCCCACUUCUCUCCUCCCCUCGCUCCUAGCAGCAUCCUCUGCAGACCCUCGGUCCUCACUCCCGGGGUCGUCCCGCCCCUGCGGCCCCGAGUAAUUACCUCCCCUCACUGGUCAACCCGGGAACUUUCUCCGCCAGCGCCGGGGAGUGGAGCGCCGCUUUGCCGCGGAGGGUUCCUCCUAGGGUUCACUGGGGGGCAGUCUCUGGAGAAGGGUGUCAGGGUCCCAGAGAGACGCCCACCGCCCGCAACCUGCCCCCAGCGGGCCUGCCGUCGGGUCUCGGCGCCUUCGAUUUCCCAACCAUGACCGAAAUGAGCGAGAAGGAGAAUGAACCGGAUGACGCGGCUACCCACACUUCCCCGGGGACCGUCUCUGCCCUCCAGGAAACCAAGCUCCAGAAGUUCAAGCGCUCGCUUUCCCUCAAGACCAUCCUUCGAAGUAAGAGUGUGGAGAACUUCCUCCUUCGCUCGGGCUCUGAUCUCAAGUGCCCCACUGAGGUGCUGCUGACUCCCCCAACCCCACUGCCUCCUCCAUCCCCACCACCGGCAUCUACAGACUGGGGCCUACCCACCUCAGCCCCUUCCCCCUGCCCAGUCCCACGCCCCCUGGCACCCCUCAAACCAGUGAGGCUGCACAGCUUCCAGGAACAUGUCUUCAAGCGAGCCAAUCCCUGUGAGCUCUGCCACCAGCUCAUUGUGGGAAACUCCAAGCAGGGCUUGCGGUGUAAGACAUGCAAAGUCAGCGUCCACCUCUGGUGCUCUGAGGAAAUCUCCCAUCAGCAAUGCGCAGGCAAGACGUCCUCCUCCUUCCGCCGCAACUUCAGUUCCCCCCUCCUGGUGCAUGAGCCACCACCAGCCUGUGCCACAAGCAGAGAGUCCCCACCCACUGGGGCCAGUGGGAAAGUGGACCCCAUCUACGAGACCCUGCGCUAUGGCACCUCCUUGGCACUGAUGAACCGCUCCAGCUUCAGCAGCACCUCUGAGUCCCCCACGCGAAGUCUGAGCGAGCGGGAUGAGCUGACCGAGGAUGGGGAAGGCAGCAUCCGCAGCUCGGAGGAGGGCCCUGGUGACAGUGUAUUCACAGCCCCGACUGAGAGCGAAGGGUCAGGACCAGAGGAGAAGAGCCCUGGACUGCAGCCCCUCAAGCCCCCCCUGCGGAAAGAUGUGGGGUCCAUGUACUCCUAUGUCGCACUCUACAAGUUCCUGCCCCAGGAGAACAAUGACCUGGCUCUGCAGCCUGGAGAUCGAAUCAUGCUGGUGGAUGACUCUAACGAGGACUGGUGGAAGGGCAAGAUUGGCGACCGGGUUGGAUUCUUCCCAGCCAAUUUUGUGCAGCGGGUGAGGCCAGGGCCUCUUCUUGGGUCUGCGUGUGUGACCAUGCAGCACCCCUUUGGAAGUGGGGCCUCAGGGAAGGUGCCUUCCCAGUUCCCUUCCCUCUGCCCUAGGCUGGGAGGGGAUUCAGGACGGCAAGAGGAUCCUGAGUCCACCUUCUGGUCUCACCGCCUCUGUCACUCCAUCAAUUCUCAGGAAGUUCUGCGGGAAUCUCUCCCAUUACUUGAAACCUGGUGGACAGAGGAGGGGAGGGCUGAGGUCUGAGGAGGGGGUAGCAAAUCAGAGACUAUCUCAAGUAGAACUGUCACUGCAGGGCAGCCUCAUCCUAACCUUGUCUCUGGAAGAGGACACCCAAGAGCAGCCUGAGCACAUCAACCCAACUGAGAACAAAAAACCGGCCCAUGCUUGGUCUGAACAAUCCCCGUUUCCCUGUCAGGACUCUGAAAGCCUGCAGUGGCAGAUCCACCCGGCCAGGGAAGUCUGUGAUUCUCAGCCCCUGUCCCAGGCCCCGUCAGGCUAGCCCCAGGAGCCACACCCUCGGGGCUGAACCUUCCUUACUCCCGCUUUGGACUCUGCAGGGACCAGGGCUGCUGUUGGAGGGGUCCCCUUUCUGGCUGUAUGUUUGAUUGUCCUGGACACAGAGCCGUAGGGAGGAGGAGGGAGUGGGAGACAGACAAGGAAGGUGGAUCAUUCUGUUUGGCCACCAGGACAGGAAGGGGGAAGGAGUGGGCACUGGGGGUGGGGUGAGCACACACGAACAGUACCCCUCCCUCCCUUGUAGGUUGCUUUUCUCUGGUGCCAAUCUCCUUCCCCACAAGCUCAGAGCCUCCUCUUGUGCCCUUGAUCCUGCCAGCCAAUGCCACCUCCCAUCCUGGGCACAGUCACACUCUCCUACCCAAUGGCCCUGCCCCACUUCUCUCUUGCAGAGGGGGGCUGUAGCCAUACUGCCCUGUUUGCUGCCAUGAGGCCCUCCCCCCAAGCACUAUCCCAGGGGCGGGCCCAAUGCCCACUGUACAUGAGGCUGCAUGAUGGGUCUCCUGGGGCAUUGCUGAGCUCCCAGACCCCUGAUUAAAUAUUUCUUGUCCCAACCUGUCUGCUCUGUGUCU